AUGAAUAAAAUCAAACCUGAAGUAUUAUUGGUUUGCUCUAUUAUUACUGUUGGUAAUAAUCGUUUGGAACAAGUUGCACUUGAUAAAUGUCAUUCAAUUGAUUUAACUUUUGAUUGUUUUCAAUCAGCACAUGAAUCACUUAUUCAACGGUUAUAUUCGGAUGUUAUGUCUCGGAUUAGCAAUAAUAUUCAAUCAUUGAUACUCAACAUUGAACAUCUUCCGAAAAUGAUCGGUUUUGCUGAAAAAGAGUGUAAUGGAAUUCUCCCAAAUUUGACACAUUUGAAAAUAAUGCUUGAUAGAGAAAGUCGCGGAACAGGCACACCUCAUGCAUUAGGUAAAUUCUUAUUUUAA